AUGUCUCAAGAGUUCACGCCUACAGCCGAGCAGCUCGCAAUGGCGGAAGAGCGGAGACGCAAGAAGGAGCAGCGGGAGUUGGCAGCAGCCAAGGAAGCAGAAGAGAAGAGCCGCAUACUUCCACGAGAAUGGCUCACAGUCCAGGAUGUCCCCAGCAUAGAGACGGGACGGACCGUUAGAGUAAUGUCUUGGAAUGAAGUGGACCAGCUCGAUAAACUACUUCCGGUCCUCGACGGUGCUGGGUACGCGUGGGUGUACAAGGCCGGUCCUCGGAAGAAACACGGCUGUCUCAUCGCGUAUCGCAAAGAGGCAUAUACUCUAGCUGACGAGGAAAUCGUGCUGUACGACGAACAGGACGUGCGUGAAGAUGGCAGCGACAGAGCACGCCGGGGUAGCAGCUUUCGCACGAAAAACAUCGCCUCCCUUGUCCGUUUGCGACGAUCCGGGACAAUGUCCGAAGGGCUGAUAGUAGCCACGACGCACCUCUUCUGGCAUCCGUCAUAUACCUAUGAGCGCACAAGGCAAGCGGGUAUUCUUCUACGGGAAGUCGUGAAAUUCCGUGAUAAGGUCUCGUCCGACGGCAAUGAAUGGCCUUGCAUUGUAGCCGGCGAUUUCAAUUUCCCGCCAGACGACCCUGCUUAUUCGCUGAUGAUGGGGGACCCGCUUCUCCCUGAACAGAAAGCUAGGCUAGCGGCGUCGCGUGUGGUACACAUAACAAUUGACCCCGAUGUGUCGGCUACCCCCAAUGUGGAUACGGUGGAGGGGGAAGAGGGUGGGGAAGUUGGCAAGACGGAUCCCGACAAAGUCAUCACCAAUGCUCGUCCAGCAUCCGCAGAUGACGGCCUUCUAGCGGACAACGAACUCCAGGACUUGUUCAGCCGAUCGGGCGCGCCCAUGAGCAUUUAUGAUGAAGGGCAACGGAGGCUUCCUUCUUCAUUGACAGUAAAUUUGACAUUCCAGAGCCGACAAUCAGUCGAUUCGUCCCGGCACGGAGGUUUUGAGCCUGUUUGGACGAGUUACACCCACUAUUGGCAGUCUGUAUUAGAUUAUAUCUUCGUCUUGCAACCUCGAAGGCUUGGCAUCGUUACGAAAAUUGCUCAGCCGCACCAGGCCGACGUGCUCACGCCGGGUCUCCCGCAGAAGGGUGUUUGUGGCAGUGAUCAUAUUUCCCUCGGCGCCGAAUUAUUCCUGCCGACGUGA